CACUUUGUCCCAUAAUCCACAUCUAAAAUGCCUGCCAAGCGAAGGAUAACUCCAAAGAGAUGUAAAUCCAUCACUGGCGCCGAUAGGGCACCACGAGGCAUCAAACCGCAGAAAGCCAGAGCGCUUAUCAGAGGCUUCCAUGUGCUCCAGAAGCACCGCACCAGUAUUUUCAAAAAACUUUCUGAACAAUUCGGGGAGAGCGUGACUGAAGAAAAUUACUUGAAGUGCUUAAAGACAUCUCCCAACGUUGAUCGUUCUCUCACAAAGGUGUAUGCUCGCAGCAUAGAGCUUUACCAACCCACGGACGAAGUAAUGAUUGUCGACAAUAAACUUGACGCGCGUGCCUUGGUGGUGUUGUUAGGAAACAUCGAUGCCGAAAUCGCAAAAAAGGGGGGUAUUGGGGCCUACCAAACCGCUUCUACACAGGGUCAGAAUGGCAAACGUGGCGGCGACUCCUCAAAGAAGUUGAUGGAGUGGAUUGGCAAGAAGCAGCAACCUGUCAAACCCACAGCGCUUGAGAUCGGGUGCCUUUCAUCCCAGAACGUUAUUUCAACAUGUAACUUCUUUUCUAAUGUUGUGAGGAUUGACUUGCGCUCUCAGGAGCCGGGAAUUCUCGAACAGGACUUUAUGAAAAGACCGUUGCCGAAGUCAGACAAAGAGAAGGUCAAUCUUAUUUCGUGCUCGCUUGUGUUGAACUUUGUGCCCAGUCCGAAAGAUAGGGGCGAGAUGUUGAAGCGGUUCACCAAGUUCUUGUUACCUCCAAUGGAGGGACUGCUUUCAGCAUUGUUUAUGGUGCUUCCGUUGCCUUGUGUGGCGAACUCGCGGUACUGCAACCAGGAGACGUUUAAGGAAAUCUUGGGUAGCUUGGGUUUCUCGGUCAAGGAGUACCACGAGGCCACCAAGGUGGCGUACUGGUUGUUCGAAUGGAACGGCGAAACCCGUUUCCGUAAAAAGUUUUCCAAAAAGGAGAUCCAUAGCGGUGGCAAGCGCAACAACUUUUGUAUUGUGCUAGAAUAAAUAUGAAUCAGGGACGUUUAGACAUUAAUCCACGAGUGGAUGAGUGAACGUUGCUUAAUGAGAUCCAUAUUUUAACAAUAGUGGAGUGCCAAGGCACGGGACUAGGUUAUAAUUCCUACAGGCAGAAAUUAUAGCCUGCUUCAAAGGAGCUAAUAAUUUAUGAUCACAGGAGGUUGGCCUACAAUAUAUUACCGUCUCACACCUUGUAUGGUGUAGGCAUCUGUUUGAUCCAAUAACCUGAUAUAGCGAGAGGGACAUAAGUAUGGCUUAAAGAAUAAAACCAGAUAUCAGGAUAUAGGUGUUUUUGGGAUUCGGGGAAGAUACAAUAUAUAGAACCCACAAGAUCUAGAAGC